UUCAGCCUACAUAAGUCCAGACCACUUGUAAAACCAAUGGUCGUUGUUUCAACAACUGGCCAUUUUGUGUCUAUUCUUGGUCCUUACUUAUCCAGAAACAAUGACGCCUCCAUUCUCAAUCACAUGAUGAAAUGUAACGUAGAUGACAUCAAAAGUUUUGUUAACGAAAAAGAUAUAUUUGUUGUGGACAGAGGCUUUAGGGAUUCAAUAAGUUUAUUAGAGGAGCUUGGUAUCAAAGCAGCUAUGCCAACAUUCAUGAAGAAAGGAGAAAAGCAGAUGUCUGAUGCUGAUGCUAAUACAAGCCGAAUGGUGACUAAGAUAAGAUGGGUAGUAGAGUCAGCAAAUGACCGAAUUAAGAAUUUCAGAUACUUAGACAGAGUUCUUCCAACAAACCAGGUGCCGUUUAUUGGUGACUACAUUCGCAUAGUUUGUGCAAUUUCAAAUAAAUACCUUCCACCUCUAAGCAAAGCAAUAAAUGAAGAUGAAGAUAUAGAAUUAGCAACUCAAAUGAAGCAAAAGUCUACAGAGAUUAACACCUUGAAAGCAUAUGUUGAGGAGAACAACCUGCAAAGAGGGACGGUGCAGUGGAAGCCAAUACAGGACAGCGACAUGCCCUUUCCACAACUAACUGAUGAGCAACUUAGGUCACUUACUUGUGGAGUUUAUCAACUCAAGCUUUCACCAUCUUAUAUUCAGGAAUAUAUGGAAGGAGAUUCACAAAUAUGUUUCCAUAAGGAUGCUCCUGACCUACUUAGGAUUAGAAUACAGAGUCGUCAUGUGUCGUCUAAGAAGUACUUUGUAUGGAUUAAAUAUUCUGAAACUGAAGUUAAUUCGUGGUACUGCACAUGUCGUGCAGGUGCACGUGUUGUAGGUGUUUGUGCCCAUAUAACUUCUAUCAUAUGGUACUUAAGCAGUGCUAGGAAUGCAGGUACAACAUCAUAUGGUGUAAAAGAUUGGAGCACGUACCUGAGUGACGCAAAAAACUUGCCAGAAACUAUUGAUAGUUCAGAGUCGGAAACGGAGAGUAUUGGAUCUGUGAUCGAGGAAUAAACUUGUACUGUGUCCAAAUUAUUUAAUGUCAUAUACAUGUCUAUAGAUAUAUUAAUUUUAUUGUGUAUGAAAGAUAGAGAGUUUGCUCAUGACAAGACAUCACAUUUACUUAUUUUCUACUUCAACAGUAUUUUGUCUCAGUAAGAUACAUUUCUUCUGAAUAACAAUUUCACAACACAUUAAAACUAUGUACUGCUCUGGUUAAUCAAAGUAUUAAGAAUGAAUCAGGUUUUGGCUCAUAUUUAUUUCAGACAUUUCUAUUUUUUUAAAUCAAAUAUAUUUCCCAAAAUAUGUUAGUUAGUAUGAUUUUUGUUUCUGCUUUUUCACCAAAAUGGGAUGAAUACUAGAAUGUGUAUGAUAAUAAUUUGUGAGAAAAAAAAAACAUUUAAGAAUAUUUUCCCAACUUAUACAAAAUGUAUGAUUUUUUUUAACUUUCCUCCCAAAAUGAGUUUAAACUAGAACU